CAGUAGUAUGCAAAUGAGCGAACAUUAUCAACAAGAUCUUCUCCUUCAAAGAUAUUAAGAUCUACCCAUUACGAAAGAUGAAUCGCUGAAGAGCUUCUUCAGUCCAACCUCCAUAUAGAGACGAGUACGACCUUUAUCUUUCCUAAAACAACAACAGCGACGGGUGGAGACAAAAGCGACCACUACAGCCUAGAUGAUAAGUAGACAAGUAUCUAUUGUUCAACAUCUCUUGUAGUCAACAUCUUUUACAUUUUCAUGUUCUAUUCAUCUUGUCAUAUUUUACAUUAGCACUGCCUGGUUCUUUCCGGUGAAACAAGAAGAUAAUCGAAGUUUUUACCGCUAAGUCGUUGAAUCUCGAUUGUGACAUAAAUGCUGAACUUGAUUGCCAGCAUCUUCUUUUUCGGACAAGUGAGUGUGCAGAUUGAUUUCUCAUACUUAUAAAUUACAUUUUUGAUAGAUUCUAGUGGGCGUUCUUGUAUUUUUAGCCCAUGCCAACUACAUUUGUUUUUUUUAAAGUGAAAUAAAAAAGUACAAGUAGUUCUAGCUCACCAGGAGUCAACAGAAGUGCAGAUGAUUCUAUUCCCUGUCCUCUGUGGCAGCGGAUGUAGAUGUUGAGACACGACCCACGCACCUCUACAUUUGCUGCGUGAAUCUGGAAUUGUAUCAGAAAAGAAUUGAUGAAAAAUUGGACGAGGAGACGGAGACAAGAAUAUUAACGCUAUGACGAUUUCAUCUAGAUCAUGGCGAUGAAAAUUUAUUAGGAAGAUUGUUAUGUCCACUAUCGUCUAACAACUUCAUCAUUAUUAGGAAGUUCUAUACCAGUAGGAGGAGUUCAUACUUCUUACAACAUCAAGGAAAGGAAGGUAAGUGCUUAGGAGAAGGACGAAGAAAGCAAAUUCUGCUUCGUGUAGAAAGGUCUUUUGAAGAACUUGUUCAAAAAAAAAUGGUGGUCACUGGCGAUACAUUUACCGAUGAAGCCCCAAAAAAGGAAGGCGCUGGAGAGGUAUUAAUAGAAAUACCAUGAAGAUGUUCGACAGAUAAUUCAGCGAAGUUAGAUGUUGAAGUUGAAUGUAGUUGAAAACAUUAACGUACUAUUGGAAUACUUAUUCCUCGUGGUUCUACGCAACCAAAGAACUAACUAACUACUUAACUAACAUGUAACUCGUUUUUGUUCUUCUUUUUUACCUCCACAGGUCCGCGGAGAGCGGGAAGCAGAGCAGGCUGCUGGGAGCGACAUUGACAAGAAGGGUGGAAGCACACCAACAACAAACUCAAAACCUAGUGUAGCUGAUGAGGUUACAGAAAGCAACAAAGAAUCAGAGGUAAUGAUGCUACAACUAGUAGACGACUGAUGCUAUGCUACAAGAACUAGUAGUACUAGACGACUGAAGAUGUGUAUGGUUCUGGUAUUUUUGGUAUAGCCUGAAUUUGAUCCUAAGGGUUCUCUUCUUGUUUUCCCUUAUGAUCAAAUUCAGGCUACCAAAUACCGGAACCAUUCAUGUUGAUGCUUGUUGCUUGUCUAUGUUGUAAGACCGGGUCAUCUUCUAGUUGCAAUAGCGGCUGCUUGCAAUAGGAAGUGUUGAUUUAGAAAUAUAUGUAGUCGUUCUACGCAAAAGUUCUUUAGAAAAAAAUGAACACAAGAAGAACAAUACCUCUUCCUGCUAGAAGUUAGGCACAUUCAUUCAUUUACUAGUUAGGCUAGUAAAGUUGAAAAACCUACAAUCUAACUCAUACUCCAUUAUUUUCAUUCAUUCAUUCAUUCUGCGUCUUCGUCAUUCUUAGGCCCGAAGUUUCGCAUGGGAUAACGAGGAACUGGGAAGAUUUUGGGAAGAAUGUUUCCCACCACAUUACGACGUCUAUCUCUUCGAUGGCCUGCAUCCAAAAGCGCUCUGCAGCAAAAUCUGUAAUUGAAAGGACCGUUCCCUUCUUGUUUUCCUCAUGAUCAAAAUCAGGCUACCAAAUACCAGAGCCAUUCAUACGCCUACUGCUCCUACUCCGCCUACUAUAAUUCCGAGAGCUUUAUAUUUGUCUUAUGUUGUUGGAGUUAAACGAGUUCUUGUAGAAGUUGAUGUAUACUCCUCCUCCCAACAUAUCCAAAUCAGGUAACGACGUGCUGAGAACGAAUAUCAACGUGAAUUCCUCAAGCUCAAACCCGAAUGAUAGGCUUCUUUGCUUCGAGGUAUACAACUAGUUCUUCUUGAAGAUGUUUUUUCGAAUGAUGUUUUAUUAUCGAUGAACAAUGAUGUUUGAAAAACGAAGUAGAAACAACAAGAGCAGGAGCAUCUUCUUCAGUUUCGUACUCGCAUGAAAUGACACUACUUGUCGAAAAUUAUUCUCCUGAUAAUAAUCUCGUCUCCAAUUUUUAGGUCCUCGGAAACCUUGAAGCCAAGUUUAUCGAGAUGGGAAUAGUGCAGAAGCCAGUUUCAAAGUAUUACAACUAUAAUUUGAAGAAAAUUUCUUCAUGAUCUUGCUCAAAGAUCAGGGACAUCGACGGACAACUUUCUAACCUUUAUAUUCAUGAUCUUCAUAAUCUUGAACUUGAUGCUGAUACAUUGUUAAUCAUAAGAAUGACCGGAAAGACCAUGUUGAACAUCACGAAGAUAUUAUUUCCCACAUCAUCUUCUACCACAAUUAUCUUGACAAGACAUAUUAAUUAUAAUAUCAUGAUCAUGUAACGACCCCUCCAUCAUGUAACCCUCUCAGGAAUACGGGCAACCCGAACCAUGUGGCAUAUCAGAGGGUGACACACCAGGAUUGGAAUAGGUUUGCAGGUUUUUUGAAAACCAGGAGCUUCGAUUAAGGCUUCCUCUAAUCCAUCCCGUCUAUAGGGAUCCCUCAAAGAAACAUAUGCGCGUCAAUACAUCAAGGGAAACACUGAGUCAGUACCUCCCUUGUAUUUUUGGCGCGCAUAUGUUUAGUAUUUUUACUGACGCAUAUGCUUGAGGGAUUUCCACAGGGAUGAAUAGGGGAGAGCUCUAAUUUGAAGCUUGGGCCCGUGAGUGCGUCGAGGAAAGCAUACGUCGCUUGUCCCAACAACGCACGAAACAGAUGAGGGCAUAG